AUGCUACAACAAUGGCUCUUUCCCCAAUUAGUAGAAAGUGAACCUGCAAACUUUAUUUGGCAACAAGAUGGAGCCCCUCCUCAUUGGAGUCUCUUUGUGCGAGAUUGGUUGUUAAACGUCGAAGUCCCUGACCGUUGGAUUGGGCGUCACGGUCCAGACGACAGAGUUCUGUUACCCUGGCCGCCUCGUUCACCUGACAUCACGCCUUGUGAUUUCUUCCUUUGGGGCUUCGUAAAAGAUCGGGUCUACGUUCCACCCCUACCCCACGAUUUACCAACCUUGAAAGGUAGAAUUGCACAGGCUGUUGCUUCCAUUACUCCGGACUUGCUGCCGACAGUAUGGGAAGAAUUGCAUUUUCGUUUGGAUGUGUGCCGUAUCAUUAAAGGCGCACACAUUGAGCACUUAAAGGAAAAAAUAGGUUAG